CUUCUGACGUUUUCAUUUUCACUUCCGUAGCUUAGCUUUGUUAUUUGAAACACAAAUUUUACAGCCUUCGUCGAUAAAUAAUUUUCAAUUUACGAAUAAAACAAAAAUGUCAGAAGAAGUGAGCAAUAAUCCAAUAGAAACAUUCGAUACUAUUAAUAUAAAUAAUGAAGAAAACACGGAGGUAAUAGCUGCUGAAAUCACUGAUAACUUAUCAAGAUCAAAUAGUACCGAGCGAAGGGUAUCUCUUACAAGCCUUGAAGAUGUCUUGACAGCUGAAUGCGGUGAAGACAACAUCAGUAUUACUGUUUCGGAACCUCAAAAAGUUGGCGAUGGAAUGAAUUCCUACUUGGCUUACAAAGUAACAACAAAAACGAAAAUACCAAAAUUUAAAAGUUUUGAAUUUAGUACCUUGCGAAGAUUUAGCGACUUUUUGGGCAUUCAUGCGUUAUUAGUUGAUAAAUAUCUGCGACUUGGUCAGAUAAUACCUCCUGCACCUUCAAAAAAUAUAAUAGGUAGUACCAAAGUGAAAAUGAGCCCCCAGCAAACCGAAUCGGGCAACAAUUUAAAUUUGGAAUGGGUUGAAGUACGACGAGCAGCACUACAACGGUUUCUCAAUAGAGUUGCCCAACAUCCCGUUCUUAGAGUUGAUCUCGAUUUUAUAAAUUUUUUGGAAAGCGAUCAGGAACUCCCUCGUUCUAUAAAUACAGCAGUGCUGAGUGGUGCUGGGGUAAUGCGUCUGUUUAAUAAGGUUGGAGAAACCGUCAACAAAAUAACUUACAAAAUGGACGAAAAUGACCUUUGGUUUGAUAAAAAAAUUGCCGAUGUUGAAAACUUAGAUUUACUCCUUCAAAAGCUACAUGCAACACUAAAAGACUUAGUAUCAUCAAGAAAGGAACUUGCUGCAUCAACUGAACUUGUUGCUAAAUCUGCAGCCAUGUUAAGCACUUGUGAAGAACACACAGAUUUAUCACGCGCUCUUUCUUCUUUAGCAGAUGUUGAAGAAAAAAUAGAAAUUUUACGCUCUGCUCAGGCAAACUCAGAUUUCUUCAUUUUUUCUGAGAUUAUUAAAGAUUACUUGGGAUUAUUUGGAGCUAUUAAAAGUGCAUUUCACGAAAGAGUUAAGGUUUUCCAAAAUUGGCAAUACGCGCAAAUGCAGUUAACAAAGCGUCGAGAAAAUAAAACUAAGAUGGAUUCAGCAGGAAGAAAUGAUAAAAAGGAGCAGAUGCAAGAAGAAGUUCAUGAGUGGGAAGCUAAAGUUCAGCGGUGUCAAAAAGAAUUUGAUGACAUAUCAAUAACUAUUAAAAAUGAAAUGGAACGAUUUGAUGUUAUAAGAACUAAGGAAAUUAAAACAAGUGUCCUUAAGUACGUUGAAGAUCAAAUGGCCCAUCAGCAUCAACUUAUUGGAUAUUGGGAAGCUUUUGCUCCAUCUGCACGUGAAAUAAUGUAAAAUUUAAUUAAUCGGGAAAGAGUUGAGAACAUUCCUUUAUCUUCUAAAGAAAUAUAUACAUACAAAUAAACUUAGAAGUCUUUUCAAAAUUUAUUACUCAUACAUACUGAAAUAAAAUGAAUAUUUACACCUUAAAUUUGA